AUGUCCGAACCUAACGUUUUCUUUGAUAUAUCUAUUGCCGGGCAACCUGCUGGUCGCAUCAUAUUCAAGUUGUUUGAUGAUGUUGUUCCAAAAACUGCAAAGAAUUUCCGCGAAUUGAGCACUGGUCAACAUGGCUUCGGCUAUAAAGCCUCUCCCUUCCAUCGUUUGAUCCGUGGUUUCAUGAUCCAAGGAGGUGAUUUUACAAAAGGCAACGGAACUGGCGGCAAAUCCAUCUAUGGAGACCGUUUCGCAGAUGAGAAUUUCAAAUUGAAACAUGACAGACCUCGUCUUUUAUCCAUGGCCAAUGCAGGGAAAGAUACAAAUGGGUCUCAAUUUUUCAUCACGACCGUACCGGCUGGCUGGCUAGAUGGCAAGCAUGUGGUCUUUGGUGAAGUUGUUGACGGGUGGGAUGUUGUGGAGAAAAUUGAAAGCCUGGCUUCUGCUACUGGUACACCUAAGAUGAAAGUAGUGAUUGCAGAUUGUGGAAUAGCUUGA